CCGUGCCCGGAAGCGCUGGCGGAGCGGCCCCGGCCGGGCUGAGUCGCGGCGGGCGAGCGGCGGCCGCGGCCGGGCGGGCACGGCCAUGGAGCAUAUCCGCACCACCAAGGUAGAGCAAGUGAAAUUACUAGAUAGGUUCAGCACGAGCAAUAAGUCAGUGACGGGAACUCUAUACCUUACAGCAACUCAUCUGUUAUUCAUUGAUUCAAGCCAGAAAGAGACAUGGAUACUGCAUCAUCACAUUGCUGCAGUGGAAAAACUUCCCUUGACUACUUCUGGCUGCCCCCUUGUCAUCCAGUGCAAGAACUUCAGGAUAGUUCACUUUGUUGUUCCCAGGGAGAGAGAUUGUCAUGACAUUUAUAACUCUUUGCUUCAGCUGUCAAAAACAGCAAAAUAUGAAGAACUUUAUGCCUUUUCCUAUAAUCCAAAACAAAAUGAAUCUGAGCAAGUCAAAGGCUGGCAGCUUAUUGAUCUAGCAGAAGAGUAUAAGAGAAUGGGAGUGCCAAAUGCUUACUGGCAGUUGUCUGAUGCAAAUCGUGAUUAUAAGAUUUGUGAAACCUAUCCUAAAGAACUUUAUGUUCCCAGAACUGCAAGCAAGCCCAUAAUUGUUGGUAGCUCCAAGUUCAGAAGCAAAGGAAGAUUCCCAGUGUUGUCAUAUUAUCAUAAAAAUAAAGAGGCUGCAAUUUGCAGAUGCAGUCAACCUCUCUCAGGUUUCAGUGCCAGGUGCCUGGAAGAUGAACACAUGUUGCAAGCCAUCAGUAAAGCAAAUCCUUCAAAUCGCUACAUGUAUGUCAUAGAUACCAGGCCAAAGCUUAAUGCAAUGGCAAACAGAGCUGCUGGGAAGGGCUAUGAGAAUGAAGACAACUACUCUAACAUUAGGUUUCAGUUUGUUGGCAUUGAAAAUAUUCAUGUAAUGAGAUCCAGCUUACAAAAACUUCUGGAAGUCAGUGGCACAAGGGGUUUGUCUGUCAAUGACUUCCUGUCUGGUUUGGAGAAUUCUGGAUGGCUGCGUCACAUCAAAGCUGUGGUGGAUGCUGCUGUCUUCCUAGUCAAGGCAAUAGCGGUGGAGAGCGCAAGUGUAUUAGUGCACUGCUCAGAUGGCUGGGAUAGGACUUCCCAAGUUUGCUCUCUUGGAGCUCUCUUACUAGAUUCCUAUUACAGAACAAUCAAAGGAUUCAUGGUCUUGAUAGAGAAAGACUGGAUCUCUUUUGGGCACAAGUUCUCUGACAGAUGUUGUCAGUUGGAUGGUGAUCCAAAAGAGAUCUCACCAGUGUUCACCCAGUUUUUAGAAUGUGUGUGGAAUCUGACUGAGCAGUUUCCACAAGCCUUUGAGUACAAUGAAGUUUUCCUCCUUCAAAUCCAUGAACAUGUCCAUUCAUGCCAGUUUGGUAACUUCCUUGGGAACUGUGAAAAAGAACGAGAAGAAUUAAAAGUAAAAGAGAAGACCUACUCCUUGUGGCCAUUCCUUUUGGAAGAACAAAAGAAAUAUCGGAAUCCUCUAUAUAAUCCAGACUUUUUGCCAGAACUAACUCUUUUGGAGCCUAAUACAGUAUCAUUCAAUUUUAAGUUUUGGAGAAAUAUGUACCAUCAGUUUGACCGAAGUAUGCAUCCCAGGCAGUCUGUGCUCAAUCUUAUAAUGAAUUUGAGUGAGCAAAAUAAACAACUGGAAGAAGACAUUAAAGAACUGGAAGCUAAAAUAAAGCAGAGAAACGGGCAGUCAGAUGUUGUCCUUGUGAAGGAACAUCAGCAGUCUGCUCAUCCUGCCCCCGUGGCACUGAAGACCCCUCCAUGCUUCAAGAAGGAGCAGCCGCCUAUCCCUGGGAAUGAUGCUGUGAGAACUAUAGAGGGCAGCAACACAGCAGACAAUCGUUACAGUGAGCUUGUGUCAGAGUUCUCCAAAGCUGAGCCUGCUGUUGUCAGCUUGGAGUACGGAGUGGCCAGGAUGACCUGCUAAUUAAAAUCUGGCACUGUGCUCUUCUUGACUGAUUGACUGGAGAGAUGGAUUAUUUUGAGGAUGGGUCUCUGCUGCAUGACCAAAACAUGAUUUGUAUAUCAGCAAGUUUUGUUAAUGUAGACUAGAACAGCAUGCUAGUUGUCAGGUGUUUGCUGUUCUUUCAAGGGAAAAAAAAAGGUCUAGUUGUCUCUCGAAAAGAAACAGGGGCAUUUGGUAAGUAGUGACUAAAAAUCAAGGAAUGGUAUGUCUUUGGACUUAGGUCAGUUUGCACUAAAUUGAUUAAAAUAGUAAUGUUACUUUAUUCAUGAUAGGAAAUCACAGGUGGUCUUUCACAAACUGAUUUGAUGUAGACAAGAAAACUUGAACUUUCUAUUUUAAGGACUGAAGCUACAUGUAUAUAUCGCAUUACAUAUGAAUACGUAUACCCUUGUUUAAUGUCAUCUGGUACUAACUUUCAGUGUAUUAAGUGCCAUGGAAAAGUAUGACACAUUUCAAAUCAUAAAUAGUUGGCCUUAAACCUGUCAGAUCAAUUAUGUUGUUCUUUACUACUGCAGUCUACCUGGCUCUGUUUACAUUGUAUUUGCUCAAAUUUUUAUAUCCUUAAAAGAGGACUUAAUAUAAGGAAUGAAGCAUGCCUAAGCUGGCACAGCCUUUCAGCAAAUAGCUAUAUGAAUGUUAACUUACCACUUAAGACUGUUUUUUCUUCCAUUUCCCUUGUUUAAAAUAUAAUAUAUUGUCCUGAUUGUCCUCUCUGGCAGCUCAGUAGAUGGAGCAUCAUUGAAGCUACAGGUUGUUUGACCUUAAAUGUUUUCAUUUGGGAACAAGGUUUUUAAGCGUAGAAUAAGACAUGUCACAUAAGAAAACACAACUUAGCCAAUAACUGAGUAGUCAGGUUCUUUUAGAUUGUUUACUGUGUGCUGUGCAGUUGUUCAAGUUGCAGGGCUGCAAGCAGAACUUCUGGAAAUGUAAUCUACUGAUGCUGUUCCCAAGUGGAAAAAAAAAAAAAGUUCAUUCAUGUGUCUGAAGCUCAUGAGAAACUGAGUGUGUCCUAAAUGUUUCAUUAGAAGAAAAUUUUGGUUAUUAGUAAAAAGCCCUUCUCAUCUUGUAAAUAUUUGUUCAACCUGUGUGUAUUCACAUGUGUAUAUCAUCUGGAGGUUCUUACGUAAUUGGAGAGAGGAAAAAAACUUCUAGCAGGAUGCAGUAGAGAUCAUAGGACAUAAGAAAAAAGGACGUAAGCUUAGUUAGGUAUCUGUUAUUUUCUACUAAGAGAGAAGGUUUUUUGCUGAAGUUUGUGUCAUGAUAGAUUUUCUGAGCACAUAACAGAAUAAGGAAGAAAAAUGUUGGUGCCCACUUCUUAAAUAGAGGCAUAAAUUACGACUUUGGGUAUUAAGAUCACUAGGUAUGAUGUUAGAUUAAUGCUACUGACCUUUUAUCUCUUGAUUUAAAUACUUUUUGGUUUCAAGUGAAAAUAAGUCUAUCCUCAUCCUAAUCCCUGUGUUUUGUCAAAAUUACUGGCGUGCUACAUAAUUUGAUAUGCAGCAUUGCCCUCUGCACUGUAUUGUUCCCAGGACUCUGUUAGCAAGGCCAGGUCACGGUCAAGUUGCACUUGUGAAGGUGUCUGGGAAAAAUUAGCUGUGACUUGUAUUUGGUUAUUGAUUCACCCAUUUCACUAAUUUGUUUUUUAAAAGACUUUUGGUGUAAAUAAAGGUUCGUAAGUAUUUUUAUUCCCAAAGACAUAAGCACAUAGUGUCAUAUUUAAAAUACAUUAUCCAGUUAUUUAAACACAUUUAGAAUUUCUCCACUACAGGUUUUGAUAGUUUGAUGUUUGCACAAGUGGUGCCUUACAGGGUUGCAACAAGAGAGGGUUUUGUGCCUUGUUAUUUAUUGUCUCCCCUCCUCCCUCACCUUCUGUAUUAACUUUGUUCUGUGGUUUUCCUUUGGAAGAACAUCUUGUAUAUUACGCCUGUAUUAUAUCACAAACAAACUUAUCACUGAGAAUAUAGGUAAGUGUUACCAAGUUGUACUUGUUGGGGUUUUUUUUUAGUAUUUAGCUGCUCUGGUGUGCCAUGUACACUUUUCAUAUUUAUUGUUUAGAGUUUAUGGACUCAAAAUAUUAUAUUAAGCUUUUUCGCAAGUAUCAUUGUAUUUUGUUUUUACUUUAACAACCAUCUGAGUAACCCUGUAUACAAGGCUUUUGGAGCAAAGAUCUGUUGCCUUUCAGUAUUGUUACAGUGAAUUUAUUUCAGUCUUCCGGUCCUUUUAAUUGGCAGAGUUCACUUCUUAGCGAAAGGAAUCAGAAUGCCGUUUUAUUUUAAAUCAAGGUAGACAUGUUAGAUCACUUUUAAAAUGCUACCAAACUGUCUGCUCAGGCACCAAACCUCUUUCUCUAUCAAAUAAUAAAAUGCUUCCUGAUCUGAAGUAAAUAUUUUACUGCAGUUAAUAUGUGAAUAGUGUUUUAUAAGGCUGUUUUGUAGAGCAGCCAUCCUAGGAGGUUCAGGUGGCUCUGCCAACUCAACUCCCAGGGUCACCAGUGAGAAAAGUUCCUGCAGAGAGGCAUCUGUCUCUUUUCAUUUGCUGUUUAGGCUUAAGCCAAAACUACCUAAAGCACAUGGGACCUGUGGCGCAGUGAAUAGAUGGUAGUGAAGUGAGCUCCAACAGAAAACUUGGCAGGAUGGCCAGGACUGAGCACAGUGGGGCUGUUAUGUGUCCUUCAGGAAGGGUUUAAAAAACAUCAAGUUGACUAAAAAACUGUGGCAGUAGCCUAGGAGCAGAAAUAAUUUUAAUUCUGCAUCAUGAAUAUGCUACUCCAGGAGCAGUUACAAUACUGUAAGGUGCCUCAUAGAGAUCAAAAUAAUGUACAGAACUCUCUCUUUCAAGCUGUGACAUUAGUUUGUGGUUGAUUGGUGCACUCACCAGUUGCUUGGGAAUAUAGUGUCCCAGACAGAAAAUUGGUAUAGUUGAUUCUGCUCCAUAGGUUGCAGGACUUUGGCACUUGUCAAUUCUGUGCUUCAUCUUCAGGAAGUCUCCAUGAAUUCUUUGUGGUUUUGUAUUUUGUGCUAUGCUUGAUCUUUUUUCCUUUUAGUGAACCAAGGUGAUUGUCCCACCUGAGAACUUAUUUCAUUUUGUACUCCAGGCAAUUUAAAAUAUUUAUUUCACUAGUACCGAAAGAAUUUGGCUUGUUUUUUGGGAGGCUUGCUAGUGUCAUAAGGUAUUCUUCCAUACAAGUUUAAAUAUCCAGUAGUUCUAUUUUGUAGGGCGACUGCCAAAUCAACAGACUAAGAAAUUAAUUAGGCAACACUGAACUGAGCCUGUGCAUUUUCUACACAUGUCCAAUUACUAGUGACCUAAAUCUAGGGCAAAAGCCUGAAGUCUGGAGAGUCCACUUAGAGAACUGGAACAGCAGUCCUUCCAUAAAACUGCACAUUCCUGUGUGGAACAAAUGCCCUAGAAUAAUGGUGUUGUAGAAGAAAAACUAUCACAAACUGUGACAGUCUCUUCCUCAGGGUAAGCACCCUAGAGAAUGGCUUGCAGGGAAAGGUAAUGUCCUCUUCUGUCUAGUUGCUGUUUUCCUGAGGCCUUUUGAUACAGUAACACAUCAGCAAAUCACCCAGAACUUGCUACUCCCAUUCUAUUAAACUGAGCAUAUAACUGGAUGCUCAGUUAGGCUGAAGUGGGGCUGGGGUAGCUUAGGUUAACUACUGUCCUCUUAAGGAAGUGACAUAAAUAAUAUAAGGAAGUUCAAUGUUAAAAUAGCACAGGACACAUGCUGUCAACAUCUGUUCUUUAGAGUCCUGCCCUGCUCUUGAGCAAGUGUGACUAGCAUGAGGGCCUCGUGUAAGCAUGAUUGCUUUCUAGUUAGUUUAAAGAUAAUCUGAUUUCAAACUAGAUCAUCCCUCCAGUGGUAUUUAUAGAUCUUUAGGUCAGAACCUAAAGGUUGCUCUUAAAACUCCUCUUUAUUUGCUAAUAGUUCUAAACCUGUAGCUCAUCACAGACUAAGUGUACUGGUUGUGAAACCUAUAUUAACCUUUAAAAUUAGAUCCUUAGGCUGAAGUCUGCUUUGACUUGCUGUCACCGUUUAUGCCACACUUUCCUCCUAGCGUUGCUUACUGUGGUGCUAGAUGCCUGCCGGAUAUAAUGGGCUUCUUAAUGCUUUGGAUGUUUCAAUAACCUGAAACUACCGCAGCUUUCUUCCACUGCUCUCAAGGCUCAGAUCGGCCUUAGUGAACAGUGUGAGUGAGCUUAUGUGUGAUCUAGUUAGCUUGACCUGCCUACAUGUUAAAUAGCAUUGAAAAUCAGCACAGCAUCGUAAUUCAGUAGCGCAACUUCUGUAUGCACAAUAGACUUAAGGAAAAGGAUGUAGUUGGGGACCCUUGUCACAGCAUGUAGCAAGGAACAGGACACUGCAGGGGUAUGACUCAUAAAGGAGAAGAAGUAGGGUGGUUUUGAUGUCCAGCAGCAGUUCGGGGACUCAAGAUGGAAGGUCAGAAGCAUGCUGCUUCUGAGAUCAGUUUCCAGGCCCCAGAGAAUUCAGUGGCCUGGUCUGUUAAACACUUACAGCUGAGCAGUUCUGCACUGUCAUCAAGAAACAGAAAAUAUAUAUGGAUCCUUGUUUCUUAAUUUACUUGCUUCAUGUAAUAAAUGUCCUGAUGGUAACUUUGAAAUUGGAGUGCAAUAUUUUGUUUAUUCUUGUUUGUAUUUUAACUCUUGAGGUCAGUUGCAUACCAUUUAAAAUUAAGUGAGAAUAUAGUUUUGACGCAAACUGUUUUCCAUCUUAAUGACAAGAUUAACAUGUACAUAUCUUAUGCUUUGUAUCUCUGCAUAUAUUUCUGCUGAAUGCUUUUCUUGCAAGCAGGCAGCCUUGGUGAAGUCCCAUGCUGCCCCACCAAGGCAUUCUUCCUUACCUAGCAUUACAGGUUGGUUUCCUUGCUCUGUCUUACUGUUGUUCUUCAGUCUUACAGUUUAUCUUUACAGCUGUCUCUUGGCAAUGUCCCCUGGCAAGCAUCUUUCCAUCGAAGAAAAAAGGGUGUGUUGUUUUUCUGUCUCUCAGGGAUUUUUACCCCUGAACUAGUGAACUUGAAAAAUAGUGCUUACUCUCCCCUUUGGGGCUUCUGAGUGCCUGUUGACUUCCACAGUCAGUUUGCUUACACAUUUUAACUUCAGACAUGGCUAUUUAGAAAUAAAACAUUUAGUUGAAUGUUAGAUGUGGCAAAAGGAAAGAAAACUUUUCAUUGUAAUGUAUCUGGAAAGACUGGCUGUUUCACUAGCAUCUAUUGCUCUAUGUAAUGCUCUCUGUAGAAGUCAUUUAUCUGUGUGCUGGGAUCAUGCUUGAUGUAUAUUCCUGGAGAAACUUUAGCAAAUGGAAUUUUGUAACAAGUAUUUUAUUUGUACGUGUUUUCAAAAUCCAUAAAUCUUAAAAUAAAGUGAUCUUAAUAUUGCCAAUCUAA